AUGCCAUCCAGCACAACAACAACCGUGGAGAACAUUAUCAAAGUCAAAACCUUUGCUCAUGCUUUGAAUCAACAGGACACGGAUUUUGCAAUAUUAUUUAGACAUGUAUAUUGUUUAUUUAAUAGAACACUGUGUUACUCACAUGAUACUGUUUGUCCCAAAGGUUUCUUCAUUACAGAUGCUGUUGGCAAAAGUAUUAAUUUGUUUUUCGUGUUGGAUACACCAAGAUUAGCUUCCGAAGCUAACUUACUCAUUGAAUCAUCUAACCAUCUCCUUCAUGGAUUUGUAAAUAUCAUGGUUAGGAUUACAUCACAGAGUUUCACUUCUAAUAGUAUUAAUAAUAGUUGUAAUAUGAACAUUCAACACAACAAUACAAAUAAUAAUAACUCAUUACGGCCCAGCAACGACAGAGUUGCCAUUGUUCCAUUCAUCGACGAAGAUCAUCAACAACAGGAUCCUUCAAUGAAACUUUUCGAAAACUCAAUCUUUUCUACUGACAUUAGUCUGAAAACGUUUUGUGAAGAGUAUAUUAGAGCUGUUAAUAACAAGGCAGCUGUUCAACACAUUCUGGGAUUCUUCAGAGAAAUUUCAGAAUCUAUUGGCUCUUCUGAUCGAUUCAAGAUUGAAAUCUUUAAGAAUUGCACCUGCAGAUCAUUUGUUGGUGAUUUUUAUACAGUUUCUAGAGAUAUACUGAGGUAUGGUUGA